UUAUUACGAACGUGCUUUGCUAAUAUUUUUCAACACUGACCUAUUUGUAAUACUUAUCGCUUAUUAGUAUAUAAGUAGUGCCAGGUUGUUAUCUUUUUAUUAUAGUAAUAUCAACUCACCUACAUUCGAAAAUGUCUCCCCUCGGAGUCUUUGCUCUCUUCGUACAGACUUGUUUGAUCCAGUCCGUGCUAAGUCAGUCUUGUGGAUUCCCACAACUCCCCUACGGGUCCGGAUUGAGCGGACUCGGCGGUCUCAACAGCGCGAGCCAAAGCGCGCCCCCGCCGGCGCCCGCUCCGGCCCCGCCGAGCGCGUCGUACGGCGGCGUGGGCACCGGCCAGGUCGGCGUGUCCGGCGACAUCGGCGCGAGCGGCCAGACCGUCGUCGUCGGCUCCGUGCCCGUGCUCGGCUCCGUCGACUUCAGCGGCACGGUGCCUGCGUCCGGCUCUGUUGCCAUUUCAGGACAAUGUGGAUGCGGGUGCAAUGUUUAACAUAAGUUCUACUUAAUUUAAAUAUAAUUUACUUUUUUUAUAA